CUGUCUGCACCAGUUCUCAGUUGCACGGUGCCUCAACCUGUGUAGUGAACUACGAAUCCUUUCUCUCGCUCACUCACUCACUCACUCACUCACUCACUCACUCACUCACUCACUCACUCACACAUACACUCUUUCGCUCAUUCUCACACACGACGAAUUGGCUCAAGUUUAAUAUAUUCGAGUUUGGCUUCUUAAUUUGAGGCAUCAUGGCAGUCACCUCUACAGUGCUGACAGUUGGGCUCUUGACGCUGACAGUGCUGGUGCUGACUUUCAACAACAGGAGCUUGAGGAAGACCUUGCUACAUGAAAAGGAAGAUAUGGUGCUGGGCCUUAAGGAAAGAGAUACGAAAAUAGACGACUGUCAGGCGCAACUCCAGAAGGAGAAGACUUCUCGUAGUGACUUUGAACAACGGGCCUUGAAGGUAGAUCAAGAGAAGGUGGCGCUACAAACGGAGGUUGACAAACAGAAGGCUGAGGUGGCCACGCUGCAGAAAACAGCAGCGGAAGCAGAGGAGAAAAAGAAAGCCGCCGAAACCCUCACCAAAGAAAACGGGGACCUCAAGAAACAGCUCGACGAGGCCUUGAAGCGCGCUACAGAGGCUGACAAGGCCAAGGCUGACCUUCAGGCCAAGUUGACGGAGGCGGAGACUAAGCAGAAGGAAGCAGAGACAGCAGCAGCCGCAGCCAAGGAGGAAGCAGCCAAAGCCAAGAACUAGAUUUAAUAAGAAUUUUAGACAUAACAUCAUCAGAUCAAAGAGAAGGAGUAGGACUAAAAUCACCCAGAAGCAAUGCCUGCACCUGAACCUAAUCCAAUUUAUCCUAACCUAAUCCAAUCUAUCCUAGCCUAAUCCAAUCUCUCCUAAUCUAAUCCAAUCUCUCCUAAUCUAAUCCAAUCUAUCGUAACCUAAUCCAAUCUAUCCUAGCCUAAUACAAUCUCUCCUAAUCUAAUCUAAUCCAAUCUAUCCUAAUCUAAUUCAAUCUAUCAUAACCUAAUUCAAUCAAUCCUAACCUAAUCCAAUAUACGCUAAUCUAAUCCAAUCUAUCCUAACCUAAACCAAUCUAUCCUAACCUAAUCCAAUCUAUCCUAGCCUAAUCCAAUCUAUCCUAACCUAAUAUUACACAAACUUGCCUAAUCUAACCAAGCUCAAUCUAGACUAACUUUAUCCAGCAUAAUUCUAAACCAAUCUUGCCUAACCUAACCCAAUCUACAUCUACCUUUCCAAAUCCAUUUUAACCAAGCCAAGUCCAAUCUAACUUAGCCUAAUCUAACAUAACCUAACCAACUUUAUCCUAGCCUAACCUAACCUAAUCCAUGGCUAUUUACAGUUUCAUCAAUAAAGUAGCUUGUAUAGGAUUUGCUUGCAUCCCAAGUGGAUGUCUCCAACUUCCUUGUAAGAUGUUUGGGGAGCACGUGAAUGAUAAUAUAUUGAACACUUUUGAGUUCAAAAUAACUAUAUUAAGAAACACGUUUGUUGUUUUUGAAUACUUUUGUAUUUGUCCUCAAUUUUUGUAAUUAUAUUAUGCUUCGAUUUGUAUUUUAAUAACACUGUUGAUAUGUACAAAUCUGCACUUUUGAUUAACUUAAUCAAAGCAAACCAAAUAAAAAUUAUUCUAAGUAAA